AUGGAGCAGAUACCGCUAGAGCUCGUGAGUGAGAUAUUGUUACUGACCCAGGAGGAGUUGGUGGACAUGCAGGAGUGGUAUGACUUGCGACUAGUCCGUUCGAGCUGGAAACGGGUGAUCGAUGGAUCCCCUAAACUGUGGAGAAGGGUCGACACUGCAAGUGGACCAGAAUUCGUGGACAAGCAGGUCGAGCGGGCAAAGGGGAUGAAUUUGUGGGUGCAAGCGGAUAUAUCUCAACGCAAGGUGUAUGGCAGGACGUGGGUCGAGAGGCAUCGGGGCGUCAUUGAGCGUUUGACGUUGUUCGUAGCAUCAGACCGGGAAUGCGACAGCUCACAUAUGGUUGCAAGGAUGAUGAAGGAGACCCAUUUCCCCAUCCUUCGUCACUUCCGUGUCCGUCGAGAAGGCGUCAGCAGCGGGCGUUUGGCAUCUCUUCCACAACUUCCAGUCACGUUCGUCCACCCUCCAGCCCUCUCAUACCUGGAGUUCACAGGCAUAUUCUACCCUAUCCCUACCCUCGCUUCCAACGUUAAUAUUCGCUUCCUUCGCUUGGACUGCGAGAACUCCUCGUUCACGAUUUCGCUCACAGAACUCCAAGCUCUUCUGCCAAUUCUUCCGGCACUCACCAGUCUCACCCUCGGUGGCAGUUUCGACAUCGAGUCAGACGACGUUAAGCGUCCAUCGCCGACGUUGGCCUCCCUUACACAAUUCUCAUUCCUCGGAAAGAUAGAAGACCUCGACCUUCUUCUCUGUCGAUUCCUCCUACCCGCUGUGGAGCAUUGGCGAUUCAGACUGAAGGUGGGAAGGCAGGGAAUACCAUCGCGUUGCGGGUUGAGGAGGAUAGUGAAGGACUGCGCAGGACUGCCGACGAAGGUUGUGUUACGUUGGCUGUCGAAAGUUGAGAGCACGGUCAGAGUGGUCGACCGCGCAUCACUCUCGACAUUCAGUCUGAAGCUCAUUGCACGGCGUGGCGCCCCAUUCCAGACACUCUCGGACUUGCUGGGGGGAGUGGGGCCGCUUCCGUCUGUGCGGGACCUUGUGCUUCACGGUGGCGCAAACUCUCUCGACGUCUGCGAGCCGGACGAUGACGUUAUAGACGGAGUUUUGGAAGCGUUGAGGGGCGUAGAGCGCGUCGUCGUUAGCGGGAACGGGAAUUCUUGGGUGCGAGUUCCGGUGGUGCUCAAGAGGAGGUUAGGGGGGAUGGACAAUUUAUGGGAGAACGUUGGGAUGGUAAAGUUUUUUGAAGUUAUCACGCUUCCAUACACUGUCAAGGAUUGGACGAGCUACUUAGGGAGGAUGAAGCAGAGAGGAAGUCCAUUGCGGGUCCUGAAGAUACGGGGUUGGAAGAUAGAUACGACGACUGAUUGGGAAUGCGAGACGUUGGCUGAGGGGUUGAAGGAUGUGGUGGUGAUGGUCGACGGGAGGGUAUUCGAGCAGAGUGAUCUGGAAGUAAGGGUAGAGAAAACGAUACACGCACUGGGAACGCCGAAUGAGCGUCGUCCGGAUCACGAUUGUACGCGACCAAGAGUGGAGCCGCGAACACGAGACUGUGAGGAAAACAAGCUGAGGAGAGUACUUAAUGACACAGACGAGAGAAACCUCAUCUGGGUACUUUUUAUGAGCCCGAUCUGCGAGAGAGUGAAAAGCGUUACAGAGGCGGCAGGGCAGAGUUUAAUCUCCGCAUGUGGCUCAGGGCCCAAGGGCGUGGACGGAGUUUGA